AUGGGGAUUCGCUAAAAAUCCUUAUUUGCUGCCAAAUUAAAAUAACAUGGCUACUUCGUUAUCCCUUUCCAGCUUAAACAGUCAUACGAUUGGUUGAAUUACCAAUGGCCACAUCACCGUGCGUUGCUAUUCCUUUCUUUCGUCAUACACCAAAAACGAUUCUUUCUUCAUGAGACAAAAAGGGCUCGAAUCGCAGAAGCAACCUCCUAUUUUGGAGGAAACAUUCCAAGAAUGGUCGACACGGAAACUUUGGGACGUUGUACGACGUUGAUGCCCAUGGUGUAAACAAGCCAACAUUUUGGAAAUAAUUCAUCAUUCUCCAAAAUGUCUUGCAAGGAAUCGACGGUGAUGUUGAAGUGCGGUCUGUUGGUCGGUGAUAAGCAAAUAGGAGAUUUCAAAUUCAUUUCUUGGUUUGAUGACCAGCCCAAACUGUAUGCACGUCAACAAAGUAAAGGCAGCGCGACAACCCAAACGUUGAGAGAAAAAUUGAAAACUAUUUUUCCUGACGUUGUCCAACCGUUUCAAGUUGUUUUCAUCGACAAAUACGAUGAUAAGAUAAUUCUGCCUAUUGACGACAUAAAGGAAACGGUGACCGCAUUACAAUGUUUCAGCUACCUGUCUAGCUUGCCACUUCAAAUAUUUGUGCAGUUACCUGGCCAAAAGCAACCCUCGAAUGACGUACUUCAAAAUAAAGAAUAUAAUGCUGUAAUUCCUUGCUGCGAAAAUAGCGGGUUAAAGAUUGUCGACACUUUAAAUCGACUUGAGAGAACUAUUCACACCCUGGGAGAGCGUAUCGUCACACUCCUCGAAGAUUUUGGUAAAUCUUCUACGACAGAUUUGAAACGAUCAGAAAAGGAAAAUAAGUCGGCGGACGUGGCUCUAGAUGAAGAACAGCGGAACAUGGCCGUCUCACUAGAGUCUACCACGAUCAAGGCAUCACAAUCGAAUUCCGAUGCUGAUUAUUUCGGGAAUGGCGAUUCGCCUCUUGUCCGUUCGUCGACAUUAUCGUCAUCUUCAUCCUCGUUUUCGGUCCAGAGUCAUUCCGGCGAGGAGGAUUGGACACGAGUUGGUGGCGGGAUAGAUAUUGGUGGUCGCCGUCGUCGUUUUACCACCGAAAGCAGUUGCGCUAGUCAUCAAUCGGAUCGUUCACAAGAUGGGGUCGUACGUUCCAUGGAGGAUGAAAUGAGUUCCAUUACGUUCGAUAUGCUGUGCAGGAAUCCGUAGAGUGAGACAAGAUCACUCGACACGAAAAUAUGCCUUUUGUUUACUUUUUGGAAAAUGCAGCAUCUCAUUUGACGGUUCAAACAUUCUUCUAAAUUUAUGUUGUUCAAUAAAUUUUAUGAUCUCAAA